GAAGUUUCUCACCUUGGAAUGUGAGGGACGCUCCCGCAUCUUCAGCAAGUAUCCACAUAGUCUGAGAGCCAGGACCUUAGACUACUUUCUCCACCCCAUCCUCCAGGGGUCUGGGGGAUGGCUGAUAGUUUCUGUCCCUGCUGCCCUUUUUAAUGUUACCUUCCAGGAGAAAGAGAGCAAAGAACAACUGGGUGCUAGGGAACUGACCUCAGACCUACGGGUCUCUGGAGAGAGGGGACAGGAGAGGAGUGGCCGGGGCUGGGGGACUCCAUGCGUGGGCCAUGGACAGAGCGGCGCUCCUGGCCCUGCCCAGCUUGUGUGCGCUGUGGGCAGCCGUGCUCUCGCUGUUCCCCUGCGGAACCCAGGGCAACUGGAUGUGGCUGGGCAUUGCCUCCUUCGGGGUACCGGAGAAGCUGGGCUGCGAUGGCUUGCCUCUGAACAGCCGCCAGAAGGAGCUGUGCAAGAGGAAACCGUACCUGCUGCCUAGCAUCAGCGAGGGCGCCCGGCUGGGCAUUCAGGAGUGCAAGAGCCAGUUCCGACAUGAGAGAUGGAACUGUAUGGUCGCCACCGCCACCUCCGCCCCGCUCGACACCAGUCCACUCUUUGGCUAUGAGCUGAGUAGUGGCACCAAGGAGACAGCGUUCAUUUACGCCAUCAUGGCUGCAGGCCUGGUGCACUCUGUAACCAGGUCGUGCAGUGCAGGAAACAUGACCGAAUGUUCCUGCGACACCACCUUGCAAAAUGGUGGCUCACCAAGUGAAGGCUGGCAUUGGGGGGGAUGCUCUGAUGAUGUCCAGUAUGGCAUGUGGUUCAGCAGGAAGUUUCUAGAUAUCCCCAUCAGAAACAUCACAGCAAAAGAAAGCAAAGUACUGCUAACCAUGAAUCUACACAACAACGAAGCGGGAAGGCAGGCUGUCGCUAAGUUAAUGUCUGUGGACUGCCGCUGCCAUGGAGUUUCCGGUUCCUGUGCUGUGAAAACCUGCUGGAAAACUAUGUCCUCUUUUGAAAAGAUUGGGCAUUUUUUAAAGGAUAAAUAUGAAAACAGCAUCCAGAUUUCAGACAAAACCAAGAAGAAAAUGCGCAGGAGAGAAAAAGAUCAGAGACAGACACCCAUUCACAAGGAUGAUCUGCUGUACGUUCAUAAGUCUCCCAACUACUGUGUGGAGAACAAGAAACUGGGUAUUCCUGGGACACAGGGCAGAGAGUGCAACCGUACAUCAGGAGGUGCUGACGGCUGCAACCUCCUCUGCUGUGGCCGAGGCUACAACACCCACGUGGUCAGGCACGUGGAGAGGUGUGAGUGUAAGUUUAUCUGGUGCUGCUAUGUCCGCUGCAGGAGGUGUGAAAGCAUGACGGAUGUCCACACUUGUAAGUAACGUCUCCAUCCAGCCUAGCGUGAGACUCCUCAGGAGCAGCCAAGGAUGCAAUCUGGAGGGCUCCCCUUACCAUGCAUGACUGCAGAAGUCACUGCCUGCAAUCCAGCUGCAGAUCCAAUCUGCAAUUUCUUCCUUCUGAUAGACAUCAAAUCGCAAGAUGUUUGUGAAGAUUGCUUGGGAUUCUAAAGUUGAAAAGCGAGGCAGUUACCUUUGGAUGGUUUGGGGUAUAGACCUUGACAUAUAGGGAACAUCUAUCUAUCCUGGAAGGAAGGAAGGAAGGAAGGAAGGAAGGAAGGAAGGAAGGAAGGAAGGAAGGAAGGAAGGAAGGAAGGAAGAAAGGAAGGAAGGGGAGAAGGAGGGAAAAGGAAAAAGGAAGAAAAAAAGCCUUUAUCCCAGAGACCUGGUCCAGGCUCAGGAUUAAGAGCCAAAACCAGGAUACAGAUACAGAAAUUAGUCCUGGUGUGGACACAGUGAUCAUUUUUUUAAAAGCCAUCUCUUAUAGGAGCAAGGAGCAGUACACAUAAUUUGCAUUUUUCCUCGGUAUUUUAAUAGAAUUAAUUAUACCAAGUGUUUGUGUAUAGACAGAACAGGCUGAAAAUUACCUAAGGGACAGGUGCUUGCUUUAUGCUUUCACAGACUGCAAAAGAAAAGCCAUUGGAAAGAAUCCUCACUAAGAGAUACAAUAUCCCUUUUAAAGUAUUUUUACAGACGCUAAGCAACAAAAAGAACCAAAAUGUAAGAAGUGAAGCAUGAAUUGGAUUUUUAAGUGCCUUUAACCAAGAGGAUUUGUCUAGGAAGUGAAAAAAAAUCUGUAAAGUUUAUCUCACUUUUAGUCUUUGGAUUUAUCCUUUUAUUGUAGACCAGUUUCUAGCAAUAAAAAUUCGGCUGUGAUAUACUGGGAGGUGAAAUUCUUAAAAAGAGAUGAACAAUGGGAGUAAAAAUAUAAAGCCCCUCAAAUACGUAAAGACAGUAUUUUGUACAGUAUUUUGCUUUAAAAGUUUUAUAUUUUGUAAAUAGAGUAUUUAACUUGUGCGAUAUAUAUUAAGACUUAAAGACAUCUAUUGUUAAACUCUUAGAGUGCCAGAAUAAUAAAGCUAUAUCAAGAAAUAAGAAUAGCUUUCUUUUCUUUUUCAUACCACUAAUUCAUUCUUAAAACGUUGAAAAAGAAGGUAAUUGAGGCAGUUGCCUAGAUGUAUUUCUUUCCAAAAUGAUAGUUUUCCUCCUUCUUUUAAGAAAAACGAAAUUGUUUUUUUCUUUCUUGGUUUUUCAAGACAGGGUUUCUCUGUGUAGCCCUGGCUGUCUUGAAAAUGGCAGUUUUUUAUGCUAUAGAUUAAAAUAUUACAAAAUAUUAAAAAUGGUGUUAUUUAAGUAGCUAGAUAACCAAAUUCUCUUUUCAACCUUAUCUCUGCUUUAUUAUAACAAAUUUAAUAGUAUAAGUAUUAGAUGGGAAAAGAAUAAUGGUGAACUUGAUACCCUGGGUAUUUAGUGUAUUUUAUGCAAGGUUGCCUUUCUAUUUGAAUGUUGAGUGCUAUCUUUCUGUUUUCUUUCUUUUCUUACAUUUUUCUUUUGGAUCUAAGGACAGAAGCCAGGGACUUGUGCAUGCUAAGCAAGUUCUCUACCAUUGGACUAAAUCCCCAAACCCUCGGUCUUGUUUUAAUAUCCACUUAUGUAUGCUCACAUUUUACAAAAUAUCUAGUAAAAUGCCACAGGGCUGAAUUUAAGGUUAUAUUUUAACGUAAAUGCUUACACUUUCAUACUUUGUUAAAUAUUUUAGAACUGUAUGGGAAAACAGUUUUUUCUAAGCUCAGGAUGAACACAAAGAAUAUUCUUUUUAUUAAUAAGAAAUAUUUAUCAAGGAUUUUAAUCUACUUUCUAUUCAUUAUUUUAAACCGAUUGAUCAACAAUUUGAGAAGCAAAACUACGGAAGUUAUAUAAAAUUCGGAUGUUAAUAAAUCAAGAUUGUGCAUUUA